GAAGCUUCGCGAGAAAGUGAAUGCCUUCAACCAGAAGUCGCCUGUCAUCCCUGCGAUCGUCACUCUGGCCUUCAUCAUCUUGCCAGAGAUUGCUCAGUCGGCCUCACCGGCUACAGGCACAACAGAUGAGCCGGAGCUACCGCGGCCGCAGUUUGCUGCAGGAGAGGAGCACAGGGCGAACCUUUCAACGGCUGGCCUUCGAGCCUUGGCGCGAGUUCGACGGGAGGUGCCUGUGGACCUGCGCCUCAACAGCGAGGAACUCCGUCGUGCAGCUGAUGUCGCUGCACUGAUUGAGGCUUGCGCCGCUUCCGGCGCCUCUGCUCUGCGGGGCCCGGGUGGCCCGGGUGGCCCGGGUGGCCAGGGCCAGUCUCCUAAGACCUUGGCGCUUGGCCCAUGGGGACAAGAGCCGGGAUCGGACGCUGAAGCUCCAGAAGCGGCAAUUCAGGCAUUCAUCCGCUCGAGUCCAACCUGGACCUGCUGGGCCCUGCGAAGCAUCUCAAUAGUUGAGAUACGUGGUGUAGCCGAUUGCGCAGCCUUGCUGGGCGCGGCACUUCGUCCCUGCGCAGCGCGGAUACUUCGAUUGCAGCACCUGGCUUUGCGAGGAGCCAUAACGCCUUUGUUGGAGGCUUUCUGCAAAGACCAGCCUCGGCAGCUAGAGAUCCUGGACCUGAGUGGAAAUGGAUUCACAGACGAAGAUGUGGCAUCUUUGUUGUCGCUGACAACUCCCAAAGAAGGACAAAGCCGAGCAGCUUUGGAACUCGAAGGGUUGGUCUUAAGUGCGAACCCGUCCAUGUCGUAUGCCACGUGGCAAAGCCUGGUAGCAUCUCCACUCCGUGAGAGUCUGCGACUGUUGGAUCUUUCAGAAUGUGGUGUUGGACCUGCAGGGGCCCAGCUUUUGGCGCAGCUUUUGGAGACUUCGCCGCUGCGGGACCUUUCGCUGUACAGAUGCGGCAUUGAUCAAGCGGGGGUAUUGCGGCUUAUCACGGCAGCGGUGUCCUUGCGAUCACUGGACUUGACGGCCAAUGCACACCACUUGGACGGCUGGAUGGAGGCUGUUGGCCAACCGGUUGCACGUGCUCUUCUUGGUGCACCUCUUAAGGUGCUGACCUUGAGCUGUUCGGAGAAGGUGAUGCAGGCAGCUGCCGAGCUCUUCGUGGGCCUCCCAACCCAGGUUAUCCUUGUGCCGAACGAACAGAACAACUACAACAGGCUCUUGUUUCUGGGUGAGGACUGA